CUCUUAGCAAUGAUUUUUCUCAGCCAGUCUCCUUACACUAAGAGUUAUAUAAGAAAAACUACUUCCUCUCCAUGCUGACUGAUAUUUUCAAAAUGCUUUCUCAUCUUUUCUCAACAACCCGCUGAGGCAGAGUAUUAGAUCCAAUUUGCUUUACUUUAUUUACCAUUUGCUUUGGCUUUAUCACUUACCAAAGUCCUGACAACCCAGUCAUCAUCCUAGGGCUUCCUCCCGUCUAUUUAUUCAUACAUUCACUCCACCAAUAUUUCUUUGAGCACUUACUACGUGUUAGUCACUGUUAGGUACCAGAGGAUGAUAAACAGUAGUGAACUGGACAAAAUUUCUGCCUGCAUGGGAGAACUUUCUCUGCAAAGUGCCUCCUGUAAGAAUAUUUCCCCCAGCCUGGCCCAGACUGAAUCUUCUACAGGACUCCCAGCCUCCCCCUCACUCCACCCUUAUUAGAUGAAGGGUAACAUUUGCCCCCGGGCCAUGCAUCUUCUGUUUCUUAAAGUCAGUUCUGUGGUGUAGCUCUUAAGACGAUACAUUGGCCUCGUGUUUACAACUGAUCUGGCUGGGCAGCUGAAUGAGUCCAGUGUCUUGUCUCCGGAAGGAUGAAACUCCUGUUUGUGGUUAAUUCUAAGCCCCACAUGCUUCUCAGUAGUUCUGACAUCAACAAAAGUCCAGGGUUCUACCCUGCUGAAGAUCAGAGCCUGCACCUAACGGAUUCUCUUCAGUAAGAUAACUACAAAACCUAGCAAAAAUUUAACGAUUUCGUUAAAGUUCGUCCAAAAGUGUCGAGUUAAAAGAGACCUUAGGGAUGGAGCUCCCUUCACUGCCUUUUAUAGAUCAGAAAACUGAGAAAACCCAGACCUAAGUCGCCUUCGGUCGCACAGCCCAAGGGAUGCACGUGGACCGAUGCUCGGACUAAUGUACAGUCAAUCACAUGGGAUGGGGGUCCUUCCUCCUAAAAGUGAACGUCCGAAGGAGAUCCAAGCCAUCUAUCUCACUGCUUCUACCCCUCGGUCCUUUCUUGUCUCUCUUUCUUGAAGAGUCGUUAAAAUACCACAUCGGGGCAUUUCACACACAGGUGUCCUGACCCCAAACUCAAGAGUCGGGGAAUGAGGGUCUCUACAUGCCCGCCGAGAACUCGCCAGCUCCCGCUUGCAAAGUUUCUCGAAAUCCACGUUUCUCUUUCAGAUCUCCGGCCGCGAGGCCAAGAUGCCUGCCGUAGCCUCCGACGAAGUUCGGAGAUGCCCUUUCCUCUCCGAGGCCUGGCGAGCUGCGAGGGAGAGCCGGGCGCGGGGCGGGGCGGCCCCUCGGCGCGCGCUGCCCGCCCCGGCUGCCAGAGCCGCGGGCCCGCGAGCCCCGGCGUGGAGCGAGAGGCGCGCGCGGGCCGUGGGGGCUGGGCCGAGGCGGAGCGCGAGGCGGCGGUGGCGGCGGCUGGAGGCGCCGCGGGACUAGGCAGCGGCCCCCGCCCCCCGAAGCCCGUCCCCGCGCGGGGCUGGGGAGCUCAGGGCGGGGAAGCCGCGGGGCCGCGCCACGUCCCUCGCCCGCCCGGGAGCGGGUUUUGCAGGCGGCUACAGGCUGGGGGCUUUUGUGUCUGCGACUCGGGAGCGGCGAGAGCGCAGAGCUCCUCCUCAGAGGGCGCUGUGAGUGCGCCGCCAGGGCCGGGCCGCCCGCCUCCUGCCUCCCCUGUCAGCGGCUCCUGAGGCGGCGGCGGCGGCGGCGGCGAAGAAGGAGCAGGAGGAGGCGGCGGCGGCACGCGGGUCCUCCGCACAUGCCGGCCCCGGGCGGGGGGCCGCCCCCAGGCCGCGCUCCCGGCCGCCGCUGCUGAGCCCGGCCAGCUCCCUCACGCCGCCCCGCCGCCCCGAGGCCUCGUCCUCCUCCCAAACUUUGCAAAGUCGGCCCGCGUCCUCGCCGCCCUCGGCCGUGCCUCGCCUCUAGGGCUCGCCUCGCAGCCGCAGCGGCCCCGCGAGAAGGAGGAGCCACCGCCGCCGCAGCAUCAAAGAGACCGAAUUCCCGCGGCCUGGGGGGGAGUCAUGCUUUGCGGUCUGUAAUGUCAGCAGAACAGGAGAAGGAUCCCAUUGCGCUAAAGAGAGUUCGAGGUGGUGAUAGUGGACUGGAUGGGUUAGGAGGACCAGGUGUACAACUAGGAAGCCCAGAUAAGAAAAAACGCAAGGCAAAUACACAGGGACCUUCUUUUCCUCCAUUGUCUGAGUAUGCUCCACCACCGAACCCAAACUCUGACCAUCUAGUAGCUGCUAAUCCAUUUGAUGACAACUAUAAUACUAUUUCCUAUAAACCACUACCUUCAUCAAAUCCAUAUCUUGGCCCUGGUUAUCCUGGCUUUGGAGGCUAUAGCACAUUCAGAAUGCCACCUCACGUUCCCCCAAGAAUGUCUUCCCCAUACUGUGGUCCUUACUCACUCAGGAAUCAGCCACAUCCAUUUCCUCAGAAUCCUUUGGGCAUGGGUUUUAAUAGACCUCAUGCUUUUAAUUUUGGGCCACCUGAUAACUCAAGUUUUGGAAAUCCAUCUUAUAAUAAUGCACUAAGUCAGAAUGUUAACAUGCCUAAUCAACAUUUUAGACAAAAUCCUGCUGAAAACUUCAGUCAGAUUCCUCCACAGAAUGCUAGCCAAGUGUCUAACCCUGAUUUGGCAUCUAAUUUUGUUCCUGGAAAUAAUUCAAGUUUUACUUCUCCAUUAGAAUCUAAUCAUUCUUUUAUUCCUCCUCCAAACACUUUUGGUCAAGCAAAAGCACCACCCCCAAAACAAGACUUUAGUCAAGGACCAGCCAAAAACACUAAUCAAAAUUCCUCUACUCAUCCACCUCACUUGAAUAUGGAUGACACGGUGAAUCAGAGUAAUAUCGAAUUAAAAAGUGUUAAGCGAAAUAAUGCAGUAAAUCAAGAGAACAGUCGUUCAAGUAGCACUGAAGCAACGAACAACAGCCAUGCAAAUGGGACACAGAAUAAGCCGCGACAGCCGAGAAGUGCAGCAGAUACAUGCACCACUGAGAAAAGCAAUAAAUCCUCUCUCCACCCAGGCCGUCAUGGCCAUUCGUCUUCUGACCCCGUGUAUCCUUGUGGAAUUUGUACAAAUGAAGUGAAUGAUGAUCAGGACGCCAUCUUAUGUGAGGCAUCAUGUCAGAAAUGGUUUCAUCGGAUCUGUACUGGAAUGACUGAAACAGCUUAUGGCCUCCUAACAGCGGAAGCCUCAGCAGUAUGGGGCUGUGAUACCUGUAUGGCUGACAAAGAUGUCCAGUUAAUGCGCACUAGAGAAACUUUUGGUCCACCUGCAGUAGGCAGUGAUGCUUAAUCACAGGCGGUAACUAAAGUGGGUUUCUUUUCCUGUGUUUUACAGAGGUUCGGUGACAUAGGAUUUUAAUGUUUUACAUUAUUUUUUUAAAAGCACACACAAAAACAUUAUUUACCUUUUGGUUUUUAUUAAUAUUCCACUUCAUUACUAGAGCAAGUUUUGUAUUGUCUUUGCUACCUUAAAUGAGAGUAAUGUAUAUAGAGGUGCUUUAGAAAGAUUUAUAAGUGAAUGUUAGUUGUUAUUUAUCAUAAACAUAAAAGCCUCUUGAAGCUUCAAAAUAAUAUAUAAUGUAGGCAAGUUUAAACUUUUAAAACUUAGAAUCAUUGAAAAAUGUAUAUUUCAGUGCUGAACUUUGACCGUACCAUAUUAAACUUUUAGUUCAAAAAGUUUUUGAAGGAUCCAUUUAACAUGUUUUCACAACAUAAUAUGCAUAGCUAUAACAUGGAGGAAAGCAUACAUUUUGAUGUAGAUUUUUAAAAAAAUAAUAGAGUGUGACAUCAGGUUUCUUCUCCACUAGGGUCUUUGGGUUAGUGAAUUUCAUAUUUUCAAAUGCAUCUUUCUAGAAUAUCUGUUUGUACAGAUACUAAACAGAUCUUAGCAUAUAGUAAAUGAUCAAUAUUUAUUGAUUAACUUGUGGAUUGUACCACAUGAAAUUGCUAAUGUCAGAUCAGUUGAAAAUUGAUUGCAGUUAGUAAAAUUGGCAUAAAGUAUGUUUCCAUUUGUGCUAUUCAGAAUUGUGAUAGAAUUAUGCUCUUAAUUUUCUUUGAUACUGAGUUGUUUUACUGUUUUCCAGAGAAAUAAAUGCGAUAGUAUCUUCAAAAGAAUUGUGAAUACUUUUUUUAAAAUAUGAUUUAAAACUGGGACAUGUUGUAAACAAGGAAAGAAGAAACAUUGGUUUGGGCUUAGAUGGCUCUGCUUUCAAAAGAACUAUUCAGUGAUGUUUUGAAAAAUCUUGUUCUGGGGAUCUGAAUUUCAAAAUGAACCUCAGGGGGAGCCAAAUUGAAGGCUAAGUUAAAAACAGCAAUUCAAGGCCUUGCAGCAGUCUUAAAGAGUUUCUGCUAUGACUGGGAAAAAUGUAAAAAUGGACCUGAGAGUACCCUCCUGAGAGAUCAUCAAGCAUGGAGACAGUGGGAGGUGUAGUCAUUAAAGUUCAAAACAACGGAAAACUAUUUUUGGAGCAUAUCAUAACCUGUGGCCAAAAAAAGGUGAAUACUGUUCGACAAUUGAUAGCAGUUUAUAACUAUAAUCCAAGCAGUUGGAUGCUGGUGAAGUUCCCUAAUAUGUUGACACUAUUAUUGUGACCAAAAAGUUCUGAAGAGUGUAUAGUGAUCUGUGCAAGUGAUAAUUACUACUAUUUAAACCCACAUGUACUAUUUAAACCCACGUGAAACAGUGAGAGCAGCAGCAUAUUGUUAAACAAAUUAUGCAUGGAAUUUUCGAUUUAAAAACAAUAUCCUUUGGUUAAUAAACAUGAAUCUAUACUUUUACAUGGCAGGACUUGACUUCACAUGUCACAGAGUCACAAAGUCAAUUGACUUGGGCUAUGAAGUUUUGUCACGUCCAUUUAACCAAUCAUCUUUAUCGUUUGGAGCAAAACCAUGAAACAACAUAUUCCCCAAUUGAGAUGCAGUAACUGGAGAAUUUGAACAAUUUAUACAAUCUAACAAAUGACGAAUUUUAUAAAAAUUAAACAUUUACGGGCGGCGCCUGUGGCUCAGUUGGUAGGGCGCCGGCCCCAUAUACUGAGGGUGAUGGGUUCAAAUCCGGCCCCGGCCAAACUGCAACCAAAAAAUAGCCGAGCGUUGUGGCGGGCGCCUGUAGUCCCAGCUAUUUGGGAGGCUGAGGCAAGAGAAUCGCUGAAGCCCAGGAGUUGGAGGUUGCUGUGAGCUGUGUGAGGCCACGGCACUCUACCGAGGGCCAUAAAGUGAAACUCUGUCUCUACAAAAAAAAAAAAUUAAACAUUUACUAUUCCAUUGGAAGAAAACUAUUAAUGCUUCUGUUGCAUAUUUUGAUUGAAUAAAACUUAUUUUUUUAAUACAGUGUUUUAAUUUUGACCUAUAAGAACAGCAAUUUCAUAUGGUACAAGGUAAUAUAUGGUUUUGUUUUCUCCAUUUACCCUUAACUAGUUAGAGAUGAGUACAAACUAUUUUCAAUAAUUGUGAAAUAUAUAUCUAAAGUUUUAGGAAAUGAUAUGAACUAUUAUACUAGGAUUCCUCUGUGUGAAAACUUUACCAGUUGAAGCACGUUAAAAUGCAGAAUUUUGGGCUGACUCAGACAUUUGAUGAUGUUCAGUAGUAUACUUGAAGAUCCCAUUUUACUUACAUUGUAAUUUUUCUUAGAUAUACAUAAUUUUCUAAAUGUUUAAGGAUGUAGUUAUGUUUUUCUUGAAAUUCUGGUGAGUGCUGAUUUUUAGUAAAUGAGGCAUUGCAUGCCAUGUGCUUAGUCCUAGAAUCAGAUCAUUAUUUCUUAUGAUUCUGAAUAGACCUAGUUAUUUAUUGUGAGUAGAACCUUUCAGUGUUCUCAGGAGUUAACACUUUACAUGGUAAUACUUAAGUUGUACUCAUUAUUAAAAUUCAUUAUGCAGUUUCUUAAACCUUUUGUCAUUUGUAGUUUCAGUAGUUAGCUGUUUUGUGAAAAUGGAGUAACAUCUCCUAAAGAUACUUGAUUUGUCAUGUGAUUCUUUCAUUUUCUACUUCCAAGUCAAUUGUUUUUAAAAACUUGCAAACAGGUGAAUUUGUAUUCAAGUGUUUAGGUAGGACUUCAACACAUCUUACUUAAAUAAGAAUCUGUAAAUAUUCAAAAGAAGAACCCAUGAUUGAUUCUGACGGUAAAUCAUAGUUAAAGUAUAAUCAUGGCUCAUGAAAGUUUUCAUGUGUUUUAAUUAAUUUUUUUACUAGUUCCAUAUUUUUCUCUGUAAAACUAAGCCAAAAGUUAUAUAGAAAUUUUUGGCUAAGAAAAGUGAUGAACUUUAAGAAUGGCCAGAUAAUUUGUCCAAUUUGGCCCAAAGAAGGCUAUUAUAUAAAUGGACUUUUUUAGGACAAAGUAUAAACUCCCCUCAACUUUAGAAAUACCCAGUGAUGGAAAGGAACACAAGUAGAAUUGUACAUUUUUUGUUAUCCUUUUCCUUCACUGCAAGGCCUCAUCUUACAAGCACAUAUACAUACCAAGACACACACACACACAUACCAAGACACACACACACCUGCGCAGGAAAUUUUGGGAGUUUCUCCAAUAUUCCCAAGUUUUGCUCAAGUUCAGCCUGGCUAUCAGCAUCUAGGCUCACUCACCAAGGCCAGGCUACUGAUGAAAAGUUUUAAAGUAUCAGAUUCUUUCUCAGAACUUGAUUUUCUCAUUUACUAGCAAAUUCCUGAUCCAUAUACCUGUAGAUGUUAUUGGACUUGCUAAUAAUAGCUUAGAUUAUAAAAGCAAAUAAAUUGUUCUUCUGGUAGAGUGAUUAGAAUUAGUUUUAUGAUCAGUGUUCUCCUUUGUGUGAAAUACUUUAGAGUAGCGCUAUUAAUGAUUAUUAUUAUUAUUAUUUUUUUUUUUUGGCUGAGUGUUUCUUUUUGGCUGGGGCUGGGUUUGAACCCACCACCUCCGGUAUAUGUGGCCUGCACCCUACUCCUUUGAGCCACAGGCGCUGCCCUAUUAUGAUUUUUCUUAUCCAAAUUAGUAAGUUAUAUACAUAAAACUGGAGAUUUUCUUUUACUAGUGCUAUUUUUCAUAGGUGAACACAAUAUAAGAAAAUCCCAGUUUGGGGGUGUAUUUUUAAGACUCCUAACUGUCUAGUGGCAGCAAAAAACUCAUUAAGUAUGGAUCACCAUGAAAUCUGCUGACUUUGGUCAUCCACAUAAAAUAAGUAUUCAUCUAAUAUUCUUUCAGACUUGUUUGUCUUGAACAAAUUAGGUGCUGGUACUUACUGUCCAAUAUACUUAGUAAUUAUAUUUAAUAGUAAGAAAAUACAUAAGCAAUGAUUUAAGGAAGUUCUCAAAAUUCUUGGAUUUCUUUUUGCAAUGUGUAGAAGUUUCAUAUGUGUGAGCAUUUGUGCUAUUUAAAAUUUUUUUGAUUAAAAACUUUUAAAAGCAUCUAGUCUCCCAAAGUUCAUUUGUAAAUAGUAGCUUGGAACUCUGUAUAAUAGGGAAGCUCAUAAAGACUUAUUUAAUGUAGUUAACUGUUAAUAUCGUAGUGAGCUCUCAGUUUUCUUUAGGAAGCCAAUCAAUGUAGGAGAGAAAGAAGCAGAGUUUUUUCUUUUUUCCCGAUGUGAUUAGGAAGGUUAAGUUUUUGGGGAGUGGGUUAUUUCCCAGUUGCCCUUCCCAUUCUAAUCUCUAGUGGAAUGCUAUAUAAACAGGCUUGUUUCUUCCUCUCUUGAAGGUUCCUGCUUCAACAUUUCAUAUCUUUCCUCUGAUCAGAAAUCCUGUUUCUUUGCGUGACAAUGGUUGGCUAGACUUUAAGAGAAAAGCAUUUUCCACUAAGAUUAAGAAUGAAGAUAGUGGAGAAAGUGGCAUUAAAUUUCUUUUUUUAAAGGAUGUUUGUUAGUGCAGAAUGCCUCUUUGAUAUCUAACAUUUCAGACAAUAUGACCACAUUUCAGACACCAUGAGAAGCAGAAUUUUUAGAGAAUUGGCUGAUACUAUACUUAGAGUACUUCCAAUUUUAUUUAGAUAUCUUGUUGUGACUUUUCACAGCUUCCUAUCCUUUGAUUCUGAAUUCAGAGGUUUUCUUCUCAUUUCCAAAUUUUAGUGACUUCCCUGUCUUGUUUCCAUUUAUCCAAUAUAGCAAUUUUAGAAAUAUUCACUAAUGGAAAGAAAUACAAGUAAAAUUGAACCUUUUUUUUUUUUUUGAGACAGACUCAAGCUGUCAGCCUGAGUAGAGUGCCAUGGCAUCACAGCUCAUAGCAACCUCCAACUCCUGGGCUUAAGCGAUUCUCUUGGCUCAGCCUCCCAAGUAGCUGGGACUACAGGCACCCACCACAAUGCCUGGCUAUUUUUUGGUUGUAGUUGUCGUUGUUUGGCAGGCCCAGGGUGGAUUCGAACCCACCAGCUCUGGUGUAUGUAGCUGGUGCUUUAGCUGCUUGAGCUAUAGGCGCCGAGCCAGAAUUAAACCUUUUUAAAUAAUCCUGUUCCUUCACUGAAAGGCCUCAUCUUAUAUGCACAUACACAUACAAAGACACCUUCCCCCUCAACUUAGUGGGAAAUCUUGAAGUUUCUCCUACAUUCCCAAGUUUUGCUCAAGUUCAGCCUGGCUAACUGUCAGCAUCUAGGCUGUCUCACCAAGGCUGGUUGAGAAUAUUUUCCAACUUAUGGUGGUACAGUGAUAAGAAUUUGGGGGCACUUGUGGAGCAAGGAGGUUAGCAUUAACAUCUCAAGUCUAGGAAAAAUAAAAGGAAGAAAGUUGGCCAGGUACGGUGGCUCACAGCUAUAAUCCUAGCACUCUGGGAGUCUAAGGUGGGAAGAUUGCUUGAGCUCGGGAGUUUUAGACCAGCCUGAGCAAGAGUGAGACCCCGUCUCUUAUCAGAAAUAGAAAAUUAGCCAGGUGUUGUGGUGCAUGCCUAUGGUCUCAGCUAUGGGCUGGAGGCUGAGGCAGGAAGAUCACUUGAGCCCAGGAGUUUGAGUUUGUGGUGAGCUACAAACCCACUGCAUUCUACCUGGAGUGACCGAGUGAGACUCUGUCUUAAAAAAAAAAAAAAGGAAAGUGCCAUGCAUAUGCCAGGCAUUAACACACUAGAGGCUGCCUGUAUUUAAUUUAAAACUUUUAAUGAACCCCAGUGGAUAAGCUUCAUCUUUGUCGUAUUUUCUCAAUACUACAUUACUUGCAAUUGUAUUGAAACUUAGUCUAAAUGCCUGUACCUUUCUUGUUCUGUAGAUGUGUAGAUGUUGCUUGUUAGUUAAAAUACAAUCUUUUAUAAAAGAAAGUCCUGCUUCUUAUCAUGAUGUAUGUGACUUAAAUAAUUGUUUCAUAUUAAAACUAUUUCUUCCUUAUGUACUGUUUACAUAUACCUCUUUUUGGGAUAUUAGUUCAGUACUUUUAUACAAAUCUGAAUGUGUUCCACAUUGGUGACAUGUAUUUUUGCAGUAAUUUUUUGUUUUGUUCUUAGAGCAUGUCUAAAGUAACACAUGCACUAGUGCUGUGGUCUGUGGCAAAAUUACUGUAAUUCAAAUUGGAAAAUAAAAUGUUUCCAGACUUUGUCCAACAUUUAUUCCUAUGGCAAAGGAAAUUACUAUGUAAUACUAAUUAUUUCUUAUGCUGGUAUGUUUUAAGCUACUCUAUGAAGUAUGUGAAACAUCAAUAUUUAUGGAUUAGUAGAUGGCUUUGAUGACUUUGAAAUGGGAGAGGGGGUAAAAUUUGGUGUUAGAAAUUCAUGACACCUGUAAUACAAUAAAUACUUAUUAGAAAUUUGAUCUUCCACUUAGAACGAUAAUUUGCUAAGGAAUUAUCUUAAAUGACAGUGAAUAUUAGAAUUUUUUAGCCUAUAUUACUAUAAUUACAUAAUAAAUUUUGAACUUAUCUUGAUAACUCCCAAGCAAAAAGGGCGUCAUUCACCCUACCAUAACCAAAAUAAGUACUACUGUAAUACUUCAUAUAUUAAAAAAAAUGAUUAAGAUACAAUAAAACUCCUCUAACUUAACUAGAAUUUGUAACCAUUGAUACAAGGACUUGAAUGCUGUUUAUUAUAUAUUAGAUGAAAGGAUUUGUUAAUAACAGUCAUAGUCAAGAUCUUAAAAAUGUUUAAUAUUGAAGGCAAAAUUUUAAGCUUAGAGAAAUUUAAGAUACUAGUUUAAAAGUAUUCUUAUUUUGUCAUUAAAACAAGUACCCAAAAGAAUUAUAAUAGGUAAUACUUGGCCAAUGCAAAUCUGUACAUUGAAAUUAUAUGCUUGAAUGAAAAAAAUAAUGCUUAUGAGUGCUUAAACGGCAUAUCUUUUUAAAAUAUUCAAAUUUUUAGACUUAUCAAUUGAAACUGUCCUGAAUUAAUAAGGUUUUACUAUAUCAGUGAUGUAUAUUACAAAAUAAAUGUCUACCUAUGUUAAUAAUGCCUCUACACUGCAUCAUAUUUGACAUGGUUGGUAUGGUAUAUUUUGUAUUUUUGAUUGUCGACUGUUCACAGAACUGAUAUAGCAAUAAAUCUGAUUCAGUCUUAAUAUUUUUUAAAAUGCCAGAUACCAUACUGUGUCAUAAUCCUAUUAUAUUUGUCUUGAAUGCUUGAUAUUUUCAUAGUUCUAUUUUUUAGGUUAAAAAUGUAGUAUUACAUGUUAGGGGGUUAUUUUUGUCUGCUAUUUUCACAUAUGAUCUUUUAGAACUAGGUCUGUUCCUAUUGAAGUCGUAAAGUAAUGAUAGUAUUAAAUGAUUCAUGAAUUACUUUGUGGAAAAAUAUAAAGUACAAAAUGAUUAGAUCACCCCAAAUUAUUUUCUUUAUGUGGUUAAUGUACAGGUAACAGUUUUCAGUGGAAUAAAAUUGGCUUGAUAACUGAUUGAAUAUAGUAGAUAAUGGACAGUUCAACUGUGUAAGGGCUCUCUCCAAGUGUUAAACCAAUUACAUUCUCAAUUCUGAAUAAUUUUAUAGUAAUUACUGUAUAUAGUGGUAGACCAAUUCUCUCUUUUCUUUUUGUGAUGUUUAACUCUUACAAGUUUCCUCCUCUGAUCCUAUUCCCUUCUUCCUUAAGGCUAGAACUUAAAAUUGGACGAAUGUAAUUUGUCACCUACAUUUUAGUUUUGUCUUCUAUAGCUAAUAAGACAAGUAGAGGUUCUGCUGUCAAGACAGUCCAUGCUAUUGUUUGCCAUUCCUUCAGGGAUGAUAUUAAUACUAAACGUCAUUUGUGCAUCGUACAAGGAAUGUUGAUCAGUAUAUAGACCUACGACAAGUAGAAAUAAUGUACAGCAGGCUUUCUUAAAGACUAUGUAUUGUAAGUUUGUUUUCUAUAGUGUUGUUAUGCUUCACAUUCUUUUAAAUAAAGCUAGU